AUGUUUAACCUUUCCGGCCUCGAUGGCGACAAUGAAGGCCAUGAUGAGCAGCCGGCAGAGCCGCAUCCACCACUUCAAGCCGCGGUUGAAGCCGAGGCAGUGGAUACCGUGCGUGGUUUAGCGUCUACAGCAGACGCUGCUGAUCUCACUGCGGCUCUGUGUCGAUCCUGCCAGCAAGGCAAAACAGCCGUUGUCCAGGCUCUGCUCGAGUCUGGUCGAUGCGAUCUCAAUGCGACAGUGUCUGGCGACACGCCACUGUUCUUAGCUGCAAGAAAAUUGGAGCCCGCGAUUGUCAACCUCUUACUCCAGCAUGGAGCCGAUGUUACUGUCAAUUCCUUGAACAUCUCCAGGAGCCCGGCAGCCGGAGACAAGGCCCCAAUGUCCACUCCCCUCCAUGGAGUGGUGGAUAACCUGCGCCGCUACCAAGGGAAGACGGACGUAUCUAGCCUCGAGGAGAUAAUGGGAAUGCUAUUGGAUGCUGGGUGUGACAUCAAUGCCCAGGACUUUCGUGGCGAGACAGUGCUUCUGUCCUGUCUUCACCAAGAGGUGGCCGUGGUUCAGUUUCUCCUCCAGCGCGGUGCAGAUCCGAAUAUUGUGAACGGUCGCGGUAACAAUGCCAUGUCCUUUCUCCACAAGCCUCUGCAAUAUCCAGAAUGGUUCAAAGCCCUCAUGAAACAUGGAGCCCGUUUGGACAUUGGGGGUGACAGCGAGACUGGCACUGCUCUACACUCGUUUGCAUCCCACAGUCAACUUGGCGAUCUAUCGUUAUUUAAGCCUUAUGUGUCGGAUUGGAAGCUCGUCGAUGCCAAGGGCAACACACUUCUUCACAUUGCCGCCAACGUGCAUCUCUGCGGGAGUGCUACUAUUACCGAACUCUUGAAGCUUGGGCUGGACGUGAAUCACAGGAACUAUGAGGGACGACAGCCUAUCCAUAUGAUCGAUCGUCCAGGUGAGGAUCUAAGGGAUGCAUUGGAAAUUUUGUGUGCAGCGGGCGGGGAUCUCGAGGCAAGAGACCGUCAUGGACGUACACUUCUCACCCGGUCGAUGUGCGGUCAUCCCAUGUUCAACCCCCAUGAAUCGAUUCCCGUGCUCGUUAGCUGCGGAGCCAAUAUCAACGCACAGGACUACAGCGGUAAUGGGAUAUUAUCGAAUUUGAUCAACCCCUAUACCUUUCGGUCCGAGCAUGUGGACCUUUUACUUGCACAUGGAGCAGAUCCACAAAUGAAAAACUAUCAAGGGGACACCUUUUUGCAUCAGAUGGCUGCCCAAUUUCCUGCACAGGACUCGGAUACAGCCAUUUUGACCAUGAUAAAGCUCCUCAAGAUGGGAGUCUCCCCAACACAUCAGAACUAUAAGGGUCAAACGCCGCUGCAUGUACUCUGCAGCCACGUCUCUGAUCAUUUCUUCGCGGCAGCAGCCGAGGGAGAUAAAUAUGCGAUUGACUUGUUAUUGGAUGCAGGACUCCAUCAUGCGCUGAACAUUUCCGACUACCAGGGCAUUCGUCCUAUCCACCUGGCAGCUUCGGUCUCCGAGAUAUUGGUUGGAAAGCUGAUUGCUUACGGAGCUGAUACUACUGCUACCACAAAGGAUGGCCGGAAUCUGCUGCACAUCGCAGCGACCGCUCGCCAGAGUAAUAUCAUUGGGCUGCUAUUGGACCAUUAUGCCUCGAAUAACUUGACGUCGUUGGUCAACGCUCAGUCAUCAGAUGGCCAGACACCCUUGCAUCUGGCCUGUCGCUCGGGAAGAUUGGAGACAGUCACCCUCCUUCUUGCACAUGGGGCAACUGUCAAGAUAAAAAACAAAGCGAAAAAAACUCCCUUAGAUGCUUGCGCUGAGUCACUUGCUGAAGAUCAACUUUGGCAGAAGGCCGACGACCAAGGCAACAUGUUCCACACACUCUCUGCGGCUGGAAUUCUAGCGGAGGACCAUGAGCGACCGAAAAUGCCCACAAACAAGAACCAAAAACGUGAAAACCAUAAGCGAGUAGGAUGGAAAGGAGAGAUUAUCUCUGAAAGCGCUACUCUUGGGGUUGGCCGAAUCGUGCGAUUGCUGGCACGGUUUGGUGCCCUUGUACCGAUGGAUACGAACGGACUUAAACCAAUGUUCCAUGCGGUAUCGGCAGACCAUGAGGAAAUGGUAGUGGAGCUUGACAGGGCCUCAAAGGCCAUGGGGAUUGAACUUGCGAGGACCCCAUCUCUCGGUGCUCAGCGCUGCUUGAUACGCUCGCAGCAUCUCCCAGCCCUUUUCAAGGAGAGGUUCAAGUCUCAUAUCUUUGACAAGGAUGCUCUCGAAAUGAUAAUCCUGGGUCAUGACCACGAGCUGGCACAUGCUUUGGAGGAGAAUGCGGACGGUAUCGAAGACAAAUCCUGUCUGCACCCGAUUCUGAUCUUGCUCGCGAGAUGGGGAUACCCAGAACCCUUUGAGCGAAUUGGGCGUCUUAUGUCGGACUCCGAAUGGAUCAACAAGAGUGGCCGGCAGAUGUUAGGAAGCGAAAUGUCACCAUCCCUCCUGGCUGCGGCUCAGCGCGAGCUGCCUAACCUGGAAGUUAUAAAGGUCAUCAUCGAACAAUUCCACGGAGAUGUCAACGUGCAAUACCAAGAAGGCAUGAGAUCCACACCCCGGGUCUAUUACCAAUCCAAAAUGGCCCACCAAAGGCAGUUCAAGCCAGGCGAUACGGCUCUUCAUUAUUUGGCCCAAGGGGAGCACUGGUGGCAUGAAAAAGCUAUUGUCUAUCUUUUAGAGCAUGGUGCCGACCCCAACGCCCGCGACGCCCAGGGCAAGACUCCUCUGUGCCGGGCAGUGCUUAAGGGCGAAUUAGCAGGCCAUCGACAGCGUGAAAUCGCUCGAAUUCUGCUUGAUGGCGGAGCCGACCCUAACAUCGCUGCAACUUGUGGGUUUACUGCACUUGCUAUGUCGACCCACGACCCUCAGCUGUUCAAGCUCUUGGUUGAUCAUGGUGCCUAUCCCUCUGAGGAUCACCCCAUGGAGCUAUAUUCAGCUCUAUACAACUUUCAAGCCGACACGGUCACUGCUCUUUUGGGUAUGGAUCUGGACGCGAACACGAUAACUCUGUCUGAUGCCCAGCCGCAUUGGCACACCCACAGAGUCAAAAAGGUCCCUCAGAACAAUGGACUCAUUUUGCGCCCCCUUCGAUACAUUUCCAUGCUGCCCUUCAACGAGUGCAACAGUCGAGAACACUCAAUCCGAAUGGUCCGUCUUCUGCUGGAGCACGGAGCGGACCCUUUCCUCAACAACGACGACACAAGCCUCAUUCUACACGAAAUCUUUGCCGACGGUGGGGUCAUCCAACCUUGGCUGGAACUGCCUGACCUCAACCUCGAACGGCGUGACCCUCGUGGUCAGACAUUGCUACUGUCUGCCGCAAAAUGCGAAUUUGGGACCAAUUCAUACGGUUGCAAAAUGCCUCUGUUUCCAUUCCGGGGUGGGCGUAUUGAACGCAGUCCAUGGCAGGAGGGUGACCCCACACGUGCAAUGACUCUGUAUGAGCGGGGCGCCAAUCUGACGGCAGUGGACCACCAAGGAAAUAAUGUUCUACACAAACUAGCCGGCCGGUGGAACAAAGAGAAGUUUGCCCAGGAGGAGUUCCGACGGACACUGGCCUUGUUUGUGAAGAGGGCACCCGAGCUGAUCAAUCAGACCAAUUCUGACGGGCAGACACCCCUGACGAUUGCUGAGAACUGUGAAAAUGAAUGGGCGGCGGAGAUAUUACGGACGGAAGGGGCUACGGAGGAAUGA